CAGCAGCAGCAGCAGCAACAGCAUAUGUACUUCCUCUUCAACUAUCCAUGCACACAACAGAUGGAGCAGUAGCAGCGCACAAUCCGCAGUAGACAGAACAGAUGGACUACAACACACUACGUCGGUCUGGAUACAUGGUGCCAUCCAGGAGAGUGUGUCUGACUUGAGAAACUGCGAAUUGAACGAGGGCUGGCUUGGUUUGAUGUGAUUUUGGGGGGGAGGGGACGGGAGGGGAGGGGCAUGACUUGAUGUCUCCAAAUAGACAUCCAUCCAUACUCGCCAAUGAUAAUACGUGCUGGUUGUGGGGUACAAACAGCGACCUGCAACAGCGGAAACUGAGGAAGGAAAAGGGGACCAAGUAUUAUUAUUCCUCUUCUCACGGCCAACAAACACAAGAUACGAUGGCAAAAGAUGCCGAUGCUAUUGUUGUGUUCCACACAGGAAAAUAAAGGCAGGGGAAAGUUCCGAAAAAAAAA